CUUCCAAGAAUAUCCCACACAACCACUCGACAAACGUGUGACAUUUGUGAAACAGAGGAAAAACAAGACAGAGAAAUGGCCGCUACAAGCUCCUGCAAUUUCAACUGGGGAGUGAAUGGAAAAGGGACCCCUGAACAGCCUUGUUCUUCCUCAAAGUCCUCCCAGAUCCUCUUCUCUUCUAACUUAUCUUUUUGUUACAGUAACAUCAGAUAUUGCCUCUCUCUUCGUUCCCAUCAAACCCUUUUGUCCACUCGUUUCAACGAAACCAAGAAUUCAGCUUUUGUUGUGGCAUCAGCAAAGGCAGACCCAUUGAAGAUAAUGAUUUCCGGAGCUCCUGCUUCUGGUAAAGGUACUCAAUGUGAGCUCAUCACUAAGAAAAUGGUAAAGGAGCGUCUGCUGCUGCCAGACUCUCAAGAAAAUGGUUGGCUUUUAGAUGGAUACCCAAGGAGCUUAUUACAAGCAACUGCUCUUAAAGAAUUUGGCUUCCAGCCCGAUCUUUUUAUUCUCCUGGAAGUCAAUGAAGAGAUUCUUGUUGAAAGAGUGGUUGGACGUAGGUUAGACCCUGUUACUGGGAAGAUAUACCACCUCAAGUAUUCUCCCCCUGAGACUGAAGAAAUUGCUGCCAGGCUCACCCAACGUUUUGAUGACACUGAAGAAAAGGUGAAGAUGCGGUUGCAAACUCAUCAUCAAAAUGUGGAGGCAGUACUUUUAAUGUAUGAAGACAUUACACUCAAGGUUAACGGAAAUGUUCCCAAAGAAGAUGUGUAUGGGUUAACGGAAAUGUUCCCAAAGAAGAUGUGUUUGCACAAAUUGAUGGUGCUCUCACAAAAUUACUUGAGGAUAGGAAGUUGA